CUUUGUGACAACUGCUGUUGUAAAAAGGGCUUUAUAAAUACAUUUCAGUGAUUGAUUGAUUGAUUGAUUGAUUAUAAGAUAUUGACAUAUCAAGUUUAAACAUGAAACUCGAGUUGUCACUGGUCAGCAAUGUAUCGCUCCUAUCACAAUAUCAGCAUGCAGGUGAAAACACCCACCACCCCUGCCUCCACCUAUUGUGUUUCCUUCUCAUUGGGUGAUCGGUACUGCAUACCUUGCUCAUUUUCUGUGAUAUCGUUAUUAGUAGUAUCAUAUACACAAUAUUGUGAUGGCAGUGAGUUACAACCUAAUGAGCAAUGAAAUGUAAUAUCAAAGAUUUUUUAAUUUCAUUAUUAUGUUUUUCUAUUUUACAAAAUAUUGCAAUGACCAAAACGUACACGGACCCGGUCCAGCCAACACAUUAACUAAACCUAGGAUCAAAACGCAAAACACACUUCUGGCUAAUUCUAUUUGACUAAUUCAGGGCUGCUGUACAGUAGUUGUACUACAGGACUUCACGCUUGAAAGAAGAAGUAUAAAUGCAUACUUACAGAUGUGCAUGACGUUAGGUACCGCAGCGUUAUAGGAAAGCAACUUCCUUGCCUGGCUGUCAUAACGAACACUAACGCUUGGUGGUUGUUUAGCAUAAUGACUCGCAUAAAGCGUAUGCCAGUGUUGCGCCCUAACUUCAAAGUGAAAGUUGCUAGUAUACACAGCGUGACUGUACUAGAAGGAAAUAGAUCCGCAGAAUUUAAUAUAUACAAGAAUACAUCAUAGACAUAAUAAAAUGAGCCAUCUGCGAGACGAAUUGGAGCUGGAGAAAAGUGUCAGGCGGUUCAGGGAGACGUUCCAUGGCAAGAUAGCAAUAGACAAGGCAGUCUUACUCAUGAGACGCUAUGCCAACAACCAUCGCAUGGUCACCUUGGAAGUCAUACUGAUGAAAGACAGAGAGCUUGACGAUGAGGACAGAAAUCUCCUAAAAAAGGAUCAAGCUGUUCAGAAUGUGGUACAGAGGCUCACGGCCGAGGAGAGGCAACAGGCAGGAGCCCCCCCUCCUUCUUCCCAGCAGGCCAGAGGUGGCAGACCACCUAAAGACGAUGAAGAUAUAAAGGAGCUCGGAGAGCGUCUGCGGGUUCUGCCUCUCACUGUGAGCAAUUUGCGUAUGUUUGACAAUGCCAAGAGCCACCACACCCCUUCUGUCCUGCACCAGUUUGCCUGCCAGACCUGUGACAUGGAUUGGUGGCGCCGUGUGCCCCAGAGGAAGAGGGUUUCUCGCUGUCACUCGUGCAAAAAGAAAUACGACCCUGUCCCAAGCGACGAAAUGUGGGGUAUUGGAGUGUUCUACUGCCCCAAAUGCACACGCUCUUUCAGGGGUUUUGGUAGGAUGGACUUGGGCUCUCCCUGCUACACCUGCCGAACUCUGGUGACGCCGACAGAGAUCCUUCCUCCACGCAAGGGAACAGGAAAGCCUAGGAAUCCAAUCCCGCACAGCUGCCUUGCCGAGGACUGUUACAACAGAGGAGAGCCUCCUGUUCCAGGGACAGAGUGUGUCCACCCGCGUAGUCGUCAGCGGAACAGGAAGCCCCGCGUGGUCAACCCGAGCCCCGCCCACAUCAGCACCGGCUCCACCGUCAACACCUGCCUAAGCCAGGGCAGCCUGAUGUCUGACCUGCACGACCUCCUCAUGGACGACAUCAAGGAGGAGGGUGACAGCGAGGAGGGCAGUAGAAGCGGUAGCAGCAGUAACUAGAGCCCCCGCUGAUGUGACCAAUACGGCUCCUAAGAAGCCUUCCUGCUCCCUGGUGCUUUCGACAGUCAAGGAUACGAAUCCCUGUCUCAGGUCCAGUGUAAGGAUGGAAUAAGCUACUUAAAUAGUGUUGCUUUCACUUUCCAGGACAGCUCGACGGUCGCUAGUCAGAUGAUAUAGCCAGAAAAACAGAUCAAUACUCACAAGUCAGUUCAGAUAACCAUGAAAAGUCGGCUAAAUAAAAUGUCAGUUGAUAUUGUGACCUGUUGUAGGUUUGCAUUUGCUCAUCCAUACCGAAGUGUUAGCUGCUCGUUGUUGCCGCUGCUUUUCAUAAUGUCUGAGAUUUUAAGGCAAGAUUUAUUGCACCUGCCAACACCUUUUGCCUUACCUGAACCAUAAUGUAUUACAAAAUGUUUUACAAAUUACAAAAUGUAUAUCUGUUAUCAUUUUUAAUAUGGUUCAUGGAUCCUGAAGGGAGAAAUAAAACAGACAAAACAAAUGUAAUUUCAAUACAUCAGACUGAAUAAUAUAGAAUAUACCUAACACUGUAUAUUUUAGACCAACACAAUCUCGUGUGAUGGAUUAAGAACCUCAGUUACCAUGCAAUAUAGUGUUUUGAGUUAAAUAUUACAUUGCAUGGGCAAAACAUAGUGAAAUCAGCUUUGGCGCCUCAGGGAUUGUUUUUUCUCUCCAGAUGUUUAGGUUGUUAUUUCCAGAUGUUUAUUACUUGUUCAUAAGAUAAUCUGAUCAAAAGUCUGUGAAUAAACUGAUCUACAGUCUGUGAAGUUGUAAGGCUGUAGUGGACAUCAAGUCACUAUUACAGUCACAUUUUGUAAUUUAUAUUUAUAUCAACCAAGGGAUACUGUCCGGUGUAAUACAAUACAAUAGAAAAUAAUAUUGUAAAAAAAAUAAUAAUAAUAAUGUAGGAGGUUAUAGUGAAGCGAAGAGGUUGACUUGAUUAUAAAGCCAUCAGUAGGUCAGUAGUUUAGCAACGCGUCCCUAAUUGCAUGGAGAGGAGCUGGCGGCUGGGUGCCUAUCAGGAUGACUCGCUCUUUAAAAUCCCAUUUCUCAGCAGGGUGUGGGCUUACCUCACAGCCCAACGUGGCAGGUAUUGAGAUGGACAAACACAGCAGAUCUGUGACACGAGACGUUGCGGUUGCUGAGCGAUACUGUGCCAUCACUGUCACAACCCAUGGCCACGUCCUUAAAUUCUCUGUUUGCUUUCUAUGCUCACUUGUCAUUGGUGGAUACUAAUGCUUGCCGUAGAACAUCAUGGAACCCUGAUGAUCUGUUGAUUGCAUCUUUAAUGGACAUUCUGUUUUAAACAAUGACUCAACUUAUCUCCUUCCCUUACCAAGUGAGACUGAAUUAGUUUUAGCUUGUCCACAUGGAAAAGUAGUGGGUCUGGUGGGGGUGGGGGGGGCAGUAUGAGGAGACUUCAAGACAUAUAACUUUUCAGUGGGAAAUUCUUCAGGCACCUGGGACAAUUAUGUAGAAAAACAUAUUUAAAACAUUUCCUGCAGAUACCUUGUAUCUCGUAAUCUUGUGUAAUUUACGUUCGAUUAGCAACAUAGAAGCUACUAUUUGUGCUGUUGUACAUACCAAGGUUAUCAUCGUUAACGAAAACAUACGAAAUAACAAAAACUAGGCGUGGAAAAACAUUUUUGUUAACUGAAAUAAAAAUAAAAAUGAGGCUUUACAAAAAAACGCAAACUGAAACUAUACUCACAAAAAUAAGCUAAAAUUAUAGAGAAAAUGUCUUUAGUUUUUCGUCUUUGUCAACUAGUAUUUUGGGUGGAUAUGAAAUCUACCAAUUUGUUAGAUGACUGCCAGUUUUAGUCCACGCUACUCGCCUGGUAUCAUGGCGACAAAAGUUGGGAGAAAGUGGCUGAGUCCCAUUUGAGAUUACUUUGAAUAUGACUGUGUCUUAGAUAAGACCAAGUGCCUUGAAGUGGAAGGUGAUAAAAUAUGUGGAACAUUUCUCAAGGGGAAAAAUCCCACGAAUAUGAAUGUCCAUUUGAAAAGCGUGCACAAAAAUGCUAACCUAGCCUACCUUGAUUUUUUUUCAUGUUUUUUUUUUCUUAGAUUGAGCUCCCUUAAUACAUGCUGUUUAAUACAUGCUGUUCAUGUGUGUCUCAUGAAUGGGUUUAAUGCAUGCUGUUCAUGUGUGUCUCAUGAAUGGGUUUAAUGCAUGCUGUUCAUGUGUGUCUCAUGAAUGGGUUUAAUACAUGCUGUUCAUGUGUGUCUCAUGAAUGGGUUUAAUGCAUGCUGUUCAUGUGUGUCUCAUGAAUGGGUUUAAUACAUGCUGUUCAUGUGUGUCUCAUGAAUGGGUUUAAUACAUGCUGUUCAUGUGUGUCUCAUGAAUGGGUUUAAUGCAUGCUGCUAUGUGUGUCUCAUGAAUGGGUUUAAUACAUGCUGUUCAUGUGUGUCUCAUGAAUGGGUUUAAUACAUGCUGUUCAUGUGUGUCUCAUGAAUGGGUUUAAUACCUGCUGUUCAUGUGUGUCUCAUAAAUGGGUUUAAUACA